AUGUCCUUCCUGACAAAGGGAUACAUCAAAAGCAGUAUUCACCGCGUCGUUCGUCCACCGCCAGACCAGGCUCAUCUACACAGAAUCUCCUUAAUUUACUUCUCGAGGCCAGGUAACGAUAUUCCUAUGAUCCCCGCACCUAGCCCGGUCCUUCUACGGAAGGGACUGAUCGGGAAGGAGGAUGUCAAUGAAGAGCACGAAACUGUGACAGGGUAUGAGUAUGUACGUGCCCGUGCGGGGUACUACAAUACUCGCAAGACAUUGAAGGUCGACCAGAAAGGGCAAGCAGAGAAACCGGUUUUCAAAGUCAAGCACUUGACCGUUCAGGAUUACUACGUUUGA